AUGCCUGAUCCGCGAAAAAAAGACGAGCUGCCUGAUCCACAAAAAGUUAAAGAUAUUAGUAUCGGAAGAGACCCUAAUUCUGCUGUAAUAUUUCAUGCGCUUCCAAGACGUUCCUAUACAGUGGAUCCUAAUGAAGUUCCUGAUGACAGACAGAAAUGGCAAGACCAAGAUCAUCGUAUAUACGUUAAUGAUAGAGAUAGAAAAGGUAUUGUCGGCCAUUUAGAAAAAGAUUGGGAAGAAUCUAUCGCAAGUGAUCAGAAAAAUGCUGCAAUGAAGGAUGAAAAAAAUUCUACAGAUGAUAGCAAAGUAUUGGAAAAAUCCGAAAAUAAGUAA